AUUUUUUAAAAAACUUUUUUUUUCUUUUUAAAUAAAACAAAGAAAAUAUAAAAAUUAAAAAAAAAAUAAAAAAAAUGGGAUACACAAUAUUAUUAGCCAUGCUGGUGGUCUUUGUGUCACGGAUGGUGUGGGCAGAUGAUGUAACACCAAUCCCUGAGGACAAACCCGGAGUGACUCAGUGGUUCAAUACUAACGUCGCUCCUUUAUCUGCGCGCAAAGGCACUUUAGAUCCAGCUCUCGAAGCUGCUGAGGCUUCGCCACGUACCAUCACCGUAAAUCCAAAGGGAGGCGAGUUCAAAACACUAACCGAGGCACUAAAGAGCGUACCUGCAGGGAACACAAAGCGUGUGAUCAUCAAGAUGGCUCCUGGUGAGUACAGAGAGAAGGUCACCAUCGACAAAGACAAACCCUUCAUCACAUUGUUGGGACAGCGCAAUGCCAUGCCGAUCAUCAGCUUCGACGGUACUGCCGCCAAGUAUGGCACCGUUGAUAGCGCCACCCUCAUCAUCUUAUCCGACUAUUUCAUGGCCGUCAACAUCGUCGUUAGGAACACUGCGCCGAUGCCGGAUGGUAAAACGAAGGGAGCACAAGCCUUAUCUAUGAGAAUCUCCGGAAACAAGGCGGCUUUCUACCGAUGCAGGUUCUACGGUUUCCAAGACACAGUCUGUGACGAUACCGGAAACCACUUCUUCAAGAGCUGUUACAUCGAAGGGACAUUCGACUUUAUCUUCGGAAGUGGAACCUCUCUGUACUUGAAAACAAGAUUGCACGUGGUGGGAAAUGGAAUUAGAGUGAUUGCAGCGCACGCGGGAAAGAGCGCAGACGAAAGGAGCGGAUACGCUUUCGUGCAUUGCAAGAUAACCGGAACCGGUGGUGGAAUCUAUUUGGGUAGGGCGUGGAUGAGCCACCCUAAGGUUGUCUACGCCUACACCAAGAUGACCAGCGUCGUCAAUCCAACCGGAUGGCAUGAAAACAAGUUGCCCGCACACGACAAGACCGUGUUCUACGGAGAGUACAAGUGCUUCGGACCAGGAUCGCACCAAGCCAAGAGAGUUCCAUUCACACAAGACAUUGAUACCACUGAAGCUAAACGUUUCCUUAGUCUCGGCUACAUACAAGGAUCCAAAUGGCUUCUCCCACCUCCCACUUUAUAGAUGUUUUAGUAUUAGCCUAUUAAAAUUUAAAUUAAAAGGAAAAAACUACACCGACGAUAUGAAUAUCGGUGUUUUUUUUGUUGGCUACUUUUUUGGAUUUCUUUUUCCAAGAGUCCUCUCUUCUUAGUUGUGAGACUUUGUGUAAUUUUAGUAUGUUACACAAUCAAUUGCAGUCUCGAUUGUUAUUAGAAAAAAUGCAGUAUGGGUUCUUAUCUUUUCAAAUUAAUAAUUUGU